AACGCUUCUAAACAACCGGCCUUGCCUCGCGUCUGGCGCGGUCCAGGGUUUCUCGACGACCCCGGGCUUGGUGAGGCUGAGCCUGGCCUCUCCCGCUUUUCCAGACCGCUGACUUCCCUCCUCGCCGCAAUGGCAGAGUUGGGUCUAAAUGAGCACCAUCAAAAUGAAGUUAUUAAUUAUAUGCGUUUUGCUCGCUCAAAAAGAGGCUUGAGACUCAAAACUGUGGAUUCCUGCUUCCAAGACCUCAAGGAGAGCAGGCUUGUGGAGGAGACCUUCACCGUCGAUGAGGUCUCUGAGGUGCUGAAUGGGCUGCAGGCUGUGGUCCACAGCGAGGUGGAGUCUGAGCUCAUCAACACGGCCUACACCAAUGUGCUGCUUCUGCGGCAGCUUUUCUCACAAGCCGAGAAGUGGUACCUCAAGCUGCAGACAGACAUCUCUGAACUUGAAAACAGAGAAUUAUUGGAGCAAGUUGCAGAAUUUGAAAAAGCGGAAUUUACAUCUUCAAGUAAAAAGUCCAUCAUAGACAGCAUGAAGCCAAAACUCGCUCCACUUCACGAAGGUGGCGCGGCAGAACUCCUGAACCAGGAAAUUAUAAGACUUCAAGAAGAGAAUGAGAAAUUGAAGUCAAGACUGAAGACCAUUGAAUCCCAGGCAACAGAUGCAUUGGAUGAGAAGUCAAAGCUGGAGAGAGCACUGCAAGAUUUACAGCUUGAGCACGGGAAUCAAAAGGAUUUUAUAAAGGCCCAGGACUUGAGUGACUUGGAAAACACAGUUGCUGCUUUGAAGAGUGAGUUUCAGAAGACACUUAAUGACCAGACAGAAAACCAGAAAUCCCUGGAAGAGAAUCUAGCGACGGCCAAGCACGACCUCCUGAGGGUCCAGGAGCAGCUGAGCAUGGCUGAGAAGGAAUUAGAGAAGAAAUUCCAACAAACAGCAGCGUUUCGAAACAUGAAGGAGAUUCUUACCAAGAAGAAUGACCAAAUCAAAGACCUGAGGAAAAGACUGGCAAAAUAUGAACCUGAAGAUUAAAAACUGAUGAUUUCAUCUGGAAGCUGCCACAAUAUGAAAGCACAAGCCCUUUCUCACCUCAGGCAUGUAUUUGAAGCAGUUUGUUAUAUUCCCUCUUUAUUUUUCGAAGAUUUAGACUUUGCUUAUGAUAUUUAGAGCUAGAGUUCCUAUUUCAGUUACCUAAUUGAGAACAGAGAAAACCUCCUGACUGAUUCUGGCUGGUCAUCCCAAACUCCUCUCUGCGAGUGCUCCAGAUUCUUAGUUCAAAGGCAGUGAGAAUUCUUUAUAGUAAAGAAAGACUUAACGUUUUGCGUUAAUAUAAAGAGUACACCUUUUCAAUACGUGUUAAA